AUGGCUAAUUCUCACAAGGCUCCGAAGCAGUGGUGUUUAUCAAAAAACGAAACAGUCAACUCCUUCGAAAACUGGAGGCAAAAUUUACUGUAUUCGCUAUCGCUAGACACCAAUUUCGCCCCUUUUCUAGUAGCCGGAAGGACAUGGGGUAAGAGGUCAAGAAAUUCACCCCGCAGAGGUUUCACCGACGAUGGUAACAGCAUCCCCAAAGCAUCAAGAAGAACAGCAGACCAAAAAGUGACCAUGUUAGAAUUGAUGUUGGGACAGAUCGCAAAUUACUGCCCGAUAAUAUCCCGCAAUUCUAUUGUGAAAAAUUCUACAUCUAUUGAAUACAUAUGGCAGUUAAUUCGCUUACAUUAUGGCUUCCAAUCUACUGGAGCUCACUUUAUUGACUUUAACGAUAUCCAUUUAGAAUCUGAUGAAAAGGCAGAAGAUCUUUACCAACGCCUAUCAGCUUUUGUUGAAGAUAACUUACUACGACAAGGUGGAAAUAUCACACAUCAUGGUGUCGACGUUACCGAAGAUGAAGAAGCCUCGCCAACAUUGGAAAAUCUGGUGGUACUAAGUUGGUUGAGACUCAUCCACCACGACCUGCCCAAACUUGUGAAACAACGUUAUGGCACGGAAUUGAGAACACGCACUCUUGCUUCCAUAAAACCUGAAAUCUCCCAAGCUUUGGAAUCUCUGCUUCUCGAGAUCCACACCAGCGAGGAUGUCAGAACUAUGCGAACAAGCACAGGUAACCAGUUUUUAUUUUCUAGAGGCAAUCCGAAGGCUAGUAAUGGGCGAACCACAACCAAACCUAACCGAGCAACUAAGGUUUGUCCUAUAUGUCAGCAAGCUAAGCGACCAUACUUUAAUAACUUUUUAAGUGAGUGUCGAUUCUUACCCGACCAAGAUCGUAAAUUCUUGGCAACAGCUAGACAGAUCACGAAGGUCGUGGACUAUACUUCUGAAUUUCCUCAGGAAGAAAAUACUGGCCCUUCACAUUCGGAACCGGCAACAACAUUACGUGUACAAGUAAGACAAUCACCUUAUCUCAACGCAUUCAAAAGAAUUUGA